AGAGUGGUGUCCUACUUUAUUUUGGCCGUCACUGCAAGUUGGGAACAAAUCAAAACUGUCCGAAUUUGAAUCUGAAAUUUGUAUUCCCGAAAUUCUGACGAUGAAAUGAAUUAUUGGAACUGCAAAGCUAACAAAUUUCUGUUAGCCCACCCCAUGAUAGAACGAAGUGAAAAAAUGGCCAAAAUGGAAGAUGAGUAUUAUUUUACUGUAGUAGAUUACACCCUUUUUGUGGUACUUUUGUUUCUUUCGGCAUUAACAGGAGUAUACAUUGCUUUUAAGCAUAAACUGGAAAGAAAACGAAAACGUGAAGACGUGAAAGAAUAUUUAACCGGUAACAGAGAUCUCAAGCCUUUUCCAGUGGCAAUGUCGUUAAUUGCAAGUUACAUAUCGGGAGUUACUAUGUUGGGAACUCCUGCAGAAAUGUAUAAUUUUGGAGCUCAAUACUGGCUCGUAGUGGUCGCAAUGAGUUUCAGCGGCGCAGUGGUGGCUUUCGUAUAUUUACCAGUGUUUACAAAAUUGCGAGUUAGCUCUUCAUAUGAGUAUCUGGAAUUAAGAUUUAAUGAGCAUUUGCGAACAAUAGCUUCAGUCUUUUUUCUGAUUGACGAGAUAUUGUUUUUACCCACACUGGUCUAUGUUCCAUCGUUGGCCCUUAGCCAAGUAUCAGGUGUUAAUCAUCAUGUAGUUGGAAUAAUAUCAUGUGCGGUUUGUGUAUUUUACACACUUCUGGGUGGACUACGAGCAGUGAUCUAUACGGACACCUGGCAAACAGCUUUAAUGUUCGUUGCCGAUAUAGUUAUUGUUGUACACGGAGUUGUUGCAGUCGGUGGUUUUAAACCUAUAAUUGACAUCGGCCUCGAAGGUGAACGAAUACAAGCUAUCGAUUUCUAUCCUAGCAUGUAUAAGCGCUACAAUAUAUAUGUUAUUUUGAUUGGGGGGUUUACGUAUUGGACAUCUUUCAAUUCCUGCAAUCAGACCAUGGUUCAAAGAUAUUUGUCUUUGCCAAACGAUAAACAAGCUCAAUUGUCUGUUGGAAUAUUUACUUUUGGUGUUGUAUUUUUUAUAUCUUUGUGUUGCUUUGCUGGACUCGUAGUAUACACCUUCUACCACGACUGCGAUCCUCUUACUUCAGGGCGCAUUGUAAAAAGCGAUCAGAUACUUCCUUUAUUUGUAGUAGAAUCUUCAGGAUAUUUAAGCGGUAUGCCAGGGUUAUUUAUUGCUGGUGUUUAUGGUGCAGGUUUAAGUACAUUAUCGGUAGUCCUCAACUCUGCCGCUAUUGUUAUAUUAGAAGAUCUAGUUCAAGGGGCAUUUCAUAUCAGAAUGAAAGAGGAAAUAGUAAAACCCAUUUCUAAAGUUAUUAUUUUUAUAGUAGGCGUUAUUACUUAUUCUAUGGUUUUUGUUAUAGAAAACUUGGGCGGAAUUUUUGAGGUGGCAACAAUUCUUACUUCCAUUAAUGCGGGUACAAUGUUCGGACUUUUUUCUCUUGGAAUACUAAUACCUUGGAGUAACACAAAGGGCGCUAUAGUUGGUUCCAUUACUGGAUAUGUGUUCACUUGCAUUGUCGCUUUUGGUAAUAAAUAUGCAACGUCGGCAGGGUUAGUUUUGGCUCCUGCAUUGCCAAUUUCUGUGGAUGGCUGUUAUGAAAAAUACGAUCUUAAUGUUACUAAGGAGGAAACUGAAUAUCCAGAUGAAUCUAAUGUUUUCCCCUUAUUCCGACUGGCAUAUCUUUGGAUAGCACCUGUAGGUUUGAUGAGUGUGAUUACUGUUGGGGUUAUAACUAGUCUCAUAACCGGAAAAACGAAUGUGAACACUAUUGAUCCCGAUCUAAUAUCACCUGUGUGUCAAGGAUUUUUACCGGAAGCGGCUAAAGAAUAUGCAGGUACAGCCGUAAAGAAAGUUGAACACAAAAGACUUUUGGACCGUCAAGCUAAUACACCAGCACCAGCAACUCAGCAACAGCGGUGAGGAACUCAUCAUCGCAAUGUUUAGUGUUGAAGCAAGUAUUCAUAAGUAUUUAUUUAUAGUGAAAUCUUUUUGUAAUUUGGUAUUAAUUUAGUUUUAUACACAAUAAAGUGUAUUAUUUGUAGAGAAACAUUUUGAAUCUGUAAUCUAAGAAUCUGCACGCCGAAACCAAACAUUUGGUUUGUAGAAAAGGUAGGGAAAAACAUCCUGUUUCGUUUUCCGGAGGUUGGUUAA